CCGGAGGUGGGACCAAAUAUGCGCUGCCGCUUGAGGUGUCGAAGUUAGACUUCUCCAAAGAGUUAUCCACAUCUGUUGCCUCCCAGUCAUUCCCCAACAGGGCUUGGCACAGAGGGGAAACUCGAUGAAUAUUUAUUGACUGAAUGAAUAGACAAACACAGGACAGAAAAUUAAGCAUAUGGACUGGAAAUUAGAAGGAAGUACCCAGAAAACAGAGUCACAUGUGCUGCAGGGACAAGAAGGCAUCCUAGACGACAUGGGUGAAGAUAGCAUCUCUGAAAGCUUCCGGCUUCUGCAGAUUGAUGUGGAAUGUGAGAGCAACACAUUCCACAUCAGUGGAACAACAGACAGUGCAACAUGGUGCUCGAAAAAUGUGCAAAGAAAACAGAGACACUGGGAAAAGAUAGUCGCAGCAAAGAAGAGCAAAAGAAAGCAAGAAAAAGAAAGAAGAAAAGCCAAUCGUGCAGAAAAUCCAGGCAUCUGCCCCCAGCACAGCAAACGUUUUCUGAGAGCCUUAACCAAGGAAAGACUCUUGGAAGCCAAACACUCAGGACCAAGACUGUGUAUUGAUUUGAGUAUGGCCCACCGCAUGUCUAAGAAGGAAUUAAGUAGACUGGCUGGGCAGAUCCGAAGGUUGUAUGGGUCAAAUAAAAAAGCUGACAGGCCAUUUUGGAUCUGCCUAGCUGGAUUCGCAAUGGACAGUCCCCUGUACAAAGAGUGUUUGAGGGUGAAUGAUGGAUUUUCUAGUUACCUGCUAGACAUAGCAGAAGAAGACUGCUUUAGUUUGUUUCCUCUGGAAACCCUUGUGUACCUGACUCCUGACUCAGAACAUGCUCUUGAAGAUGUUGAUCUAAACAAAGUUUACAUCCUUGGUGGACUUGUGGAUGAAAACAUUCAGAAGAAGGUGACAUUUCAAAAGGCCCAAGAACACUCUGUCCAGACAGCCCGUUUGCCAAUCCAGGAAUACAUGGUCAGAUUCCAGAAUGGAAAAAACUAUCAUUCAGAGAUACUGGCCAUCAAUCAAGGAUUCAGUUCAGGGGCUGACUUCCCACCCUCCCCUCCUUCAGGCCAUGUCAGGGCCCCUCCUUUGUGGUCCCGCUGUAUUGUGUGUUCCUCACUGUUGCAGCAUUGUCCCUUCACGGGCUUGUCUCUCUCAGUUUAGGCGGAGGUCUGUGAGGGCAGGCAGGGCAGGACCUAUUGUCUUUGUCUGUCUCCCCAGGACCUGGGACCUAGUACCACCUCUCCGCAUAGUAGGUUUGUCCAGUGAAAUAUUCCAGAACAACCUUUUCCUCAUUAGUCAUUUACUAGUUCUUUUUUUCCUCUGUGUAGUCACUUUGUUCUCUGCUUACCCUCUAACAGUAUUUGAUAUCCUGUCCACUUACUUUGAGACUCACAGCUGGCCUGAAGCACUGAAGAAAGGAGUUUCUUUUGGAAAAGGCUAUAUUCUUCAGAACUCAGUGGAAUGAUGGGCAAGACUGCAGCUGCAGGAGGUGAAGUGCUGGAACUGGGAAGAUAUAUUUUGUGGCAAGGGGCACCCCUAGUGACCUAGCCUGGCACCUCCUCCCUGCCUGGGUAACAAUUAGCCACACUGCCUCACUCCAGUAAUACUCUUUUAGAUCAUAUGAUCUAAAAGAGUGGCAUAUUGUGAUGAAAUUUCCUUGGACUUAGCACCAGAAAAACCUGAGUCCAAAUCCUGGCUCUACCACUUAAUUUACCUUGGUACUCUGAACAAUUCAUCUUUCCUCUCUAGCCUCAGUUUUAUUAAAUGAGAAAUGGGAAUCAUGCUGUCUGUCUUUCAGAGUUGUGAGAAUUAGUGCUAGUGUGUGGUGUCUUCAGUAAAUGGUUACAGUUGUAUAAUGUCCUAGCAUGGAAGAGGAUGGGUUGACAUUUGGUACAUUAUACGUUAAUAUUGGAUCGGUUUUAUUUUAUUUCAGACUUUUCCCAACCUAAUUAAUAAAUGUAUAGAAUAAAAUUAAGUCUGUGAUAGCA